GGCGGGGAGACGUCAGGUCCUGUGACUCCCAGAGCAAACCUCUCCGUUCUGCUUUCAGUGAUCGGAUAGAGCUCCUCUAGCUUCUGGACAGCUGCCCAGUGAGGUGAUAAGGACGCAGCAACUGCAGCAAGCCCCGCAAAGAGCUACAGCAACGACAAAGGUCCCGUGUGAUAGGAGGUCGUCUCCUUACCGCAGCAGACGAGGUCUCGACGUGGUUUGGAGAGCCACCUUAUGGCGGCGGUAGUGACCUAACCCUCUCGCCUACAUCCACACGCCGACUACCGGAGCGAGCCGCACUCAAGGCUGCCUCCACUCUUCUCUGGAACUUCUUGUCAGCUAAGGAGUGGCGGCUCGGCGCGUGAUGGCACGGCUGUCGCCGAGGCGCGGGCUGGUCCUGCUGGCGGCGGCCUCCCUGGCCGUGCUGGUGUGUCUGCAGCAGAGGGAGCUGCCCUGGAGGCCCGCCGACGCCCCCGACACCGGGCACGUGCCGCCGCGGCCGGUGGUGGGUGACGUGACCGCGGGGGCGGGUACCCCGUGGUCGGAGGAGUCGGCGGCGGCGGCGGCGGCGGCGGCGCUGGCCGAGCAGCCGUGGGCGCGGCCGUGGUUCAUGGCGGGCGGCUCGCGCUGGCCACAGUACGACCCGGCCAGCUCCGCGCGCCUCUGGCCGCACCAGGCGCCCGACUCGGACCGCAUCACCGAGCAGCUCAUGUUCGUCCCACCGCCCUCCGACGAGCCGCCCAGGAUACGCAAGGUGCUGGUGUACAAUGGACUGGGGUCGUGGUCACCGCUGCGCGCUGGUCGCGACGCGUUCCAACACUGCCCUGUCAGCAGCUGCACCAUCACCACCAACAAAGCUGAAGCCUCGGACGCAGACGCCAUCCUCUUCAAAGACCACUUCGUCAACCCAGGCGUCCAUCGCCCCGCCAGGCAGGUGUGGAUCCUGUACUUCUUGGAGUGCCCGUACCACACGCAGCACGUAAAGCACAACGACGUGUUCAACUGGACGGCGACGUACCGGCGCGACAGCGACAUCGUGGCGCCGUACGAGCGCUGGGCGUACUACGACGACCGCGUGCGCCAGAAGCCGCACGCCGACUUCAACUACGCCGCCAACAAGACCAAGAAGGUCGCUUGGUUCGUCUCCAACUGCGGGGCGCGCAACAAGAGGCUGCAGUACGCGCACGAGCUGCAGAAGCACAUCCAGGUCGACAUCUACGGCGCGUGCGGGACCAAGAAGUGCCCGCGCUCCAACGCCAACAAAUGUCUCGAAAUGCUCGACAGGGACUACAAAUUCUACUUGGCAUUCGAGAACUCGAACUGUAAAGACUACAUUACGGAAAAGUUCUACGUCAAUGGACUUAUGAGGAAUGUUCUGCCUGUAGUUAUGGGAGCAAGACCUGAAGACUACGCACGAAAUGCUCCAGAGCGUUCCUACAUCCAUGUUGAUGAAUUUGCCUCUGCUAAAGAACUAGCAGCCUACUUACAUCAACUUGACACAGAUGAUGAGCUGUAUAAUUCUUAUUUUCGUUGGAAGGGCACUGGAGAGUUCAUUAACACAUACUUCUUCUGUCGUCUUUGUGCACUCCUUCAUGAUGAUUUUCCAGCCAAAGCAUAUCGUGAUAUAAAUGAGUGGUGGCGAGGUCCAGGAACUUGUACUAGCGGAUCUUGGCGAAAGGUUACUCAUGAAUAAUGAAAUUUGAGAAAAGAUGCUGAUUUAAAAGAGAAUCAGUUUCAUAUUACUAGCUGAUAACAUGUUUCCAUGUUAAGUAUAAUACCACUACAACAUGCUGCAAAAUGUGGCUUUCACCUGCAUCUUGUAAGAUAGAUAGUCAUAUCAUUCUGGAGAGAAUAAUGAUAAUUAACCUGAGAAAAUAACUUGUACAUAUUGUACAAUUUAACAGCAGACAGAGAAUAUGCUAUUUAAUGUCUAAUAGGGUUAGGUCAGCUAUGGUGAAUGAAAUGGUUUCUUAUCUAAUGUAUGUGCACCUACAUUAUAUUCAAUUUCUUUGAAAUUUGGCUUCGCAGUGAGGAUGAACAAUACAGAUUUCAUUCCAGUAUAUCAGUGCAUUCCAUUCAGUUUAAUCUCUCUUGCAGUCAAAUUAGGAGAAAGCUUCAAUAUAAACACAGAAUUUUUUUAUCCAUACUAUAACCAUGAAAAAGAUGGUACAGCACUUUAAAAUUACACAAAAAUAUUAUUAAAGAGUAUAGGGGCAUGGAAAUGAGAAGAAAAAGUAACUCAUAACUUUAUGUCCAACAGACACACACUCUACAUGGUACAGGAUGUAUAAUGCCAUCAGUGGAACAUCAGCACAAGAGGUACAGUGUACUGAUUAGAUGUCAAAGUACUGUUAAAAUUGGAGAUGAUUAAUAGCUGGAUUAUUGCCAAUGGCUGUCUGAGAAGGGAAGUAAAACUACAUGGGUAAACAGAAAGAAAAGUGUAAUGUAAAGUAAUUGAAUAUUGAGGAGGGGGGGGGGGGGGCAAAGGCUUGAUAUAACAUGAAGAUCUGGGACUGAAUAAGGAGUUGUCGUUCACAAGAUCAGCUGAUCUUGGCACAUCACUUCUUAUUAAAUGAGUAAUGAACAAUCGUCUCUUGACUAGUCCUGUAUCUAAUACUCAGAAAUUUUUAUCAGAUAUACACUUUCCACUGCUUGCAUUCUGUUUCAUCUAGACACUUCUGUAGCUCUCAGUAUCCAAGAUUACACAUAAUUUUCUGUAUUACAUUACUAUCCUACAACAUCAUGUAAAAGGAACUUGUAAGAUAAGAUGCUAAAAUUUGUAGUUUGAUUUAAUGUAGUUUAUAUAUUAUGUCUGAGAGCCAUUCAGAUACAAACCAAGACUACUUUCACAUAUGCUGAUGAGUGAUAAAAAGCAGUUUGUUAAUUUGCUUUGUGAUUUUCUUUAGUAGAGAUAUGUAUCAAGCACUCCAGCAGAUAAUUACACAUGUACUACUCACCUGUUACAUUGUUGUUGAACUGUCCCCAUCUUGAUAAUCCCGUUUGGGGCCCAAAUAUGUGACAAUAACAUAUGCACAAGCAGAUACAGCAAUGAACGUGUUAACAGAUGGACUGUUUACUGAGUACAAUAAGUAAAGCAAACGUUUUAAUUCAACCCAAAACUUAAUGUUUUUGAUCAAUUAGCGUCCCAAACCAUUUAUAGAGUCUGGUCAAAAUCUAGAGUAGUUUGACACCUUCAUUUCUGAGAAACUAAAUAAUAUUUAAUUUGUACAGCAAAUGUAAGAAUCUCCAGUGUUUGAUAUAGGAUUUAAUCCCAUCUGUAUAGGUACUUCUAGCUGCCAUAAGAGCCCCAGCCCAUAAGUCUGGUAUAUAUUUCAAUAAUACUGAUGAACAUUCAUAUUAUGUACGCAUCACAUCAGAUGUUACUGAAGACACAACAAAAAUUUAUACAAGCUAAAAUAGCUUUACUCUCAGGAUAGUGGUUCAAACUAAAAAUACAAGUAAACCACUUGUCAGGAGCAGUAACACCCAAAUUUUGCACAAGAAUUCAAUAAAGAUGUAAGCAUGUAGAGAAAAUGAGGAAUUCAGAACAUUUUAUUUUCAAAAGAAAUCUGUUGUAGACUGAUAGUGGCAUUGAUGAUUUCAUAAUAAGUGAAGGGUGGAAAUUUUCUGCACAAUAAUUUCUGAAACUGUAUGCAUACAAAAGCACAAUUUUUUGCUCUAUGUGGGGAGCUGACGAAACAGGUGAAAUGAAGGUCAAAGGAGUAUACCAAAAUCCAUUAUAGCAGUAUUAUUAAAAUUAUUCAAUAUAAUUUACACUGAUUGCUAUCAUUUGACACCUCUGUACAUAUAUACAAUUUUUCAUGUUGCUUCAGAGAAUUAUUAUAUGAAGCUAACUGUCCUAUCACCGAAUAGCAAAAUCAUAGAGUCAUCAACAGCUACACACAAAAGAGAAAGAUAAACUACAGAGAGAGAGAGAGAGAGAGAGAGAGAGAGAGAGAGAGAGAGAGAGAGAGAGAGAGAGAGAGAGCAUGUGUGCUUGUGUGUUCUCUUUUCUGUGUGCCUGUUGAUAACUCAACAUUUCUACCAUUUGGUGAGUGGUCUCCUUCACACCUAAAUUUACAUUCUACCAGAACUUUCCUAUUAUGAUUGUGCUAUAAUACAUAUGGUGGCAUGGUUUUUUUAUAAUUUUUCAACAGCUAUAUGCAGAAUCAACAACAUAAUAUAUUAUAUAAAAAUAUUCAGCUCAAAAGUAGGAAAGGCUAAAAAAACAAGUAGUACAAAAUACGUGUUUAAAAUACAAGGUUGUGAAUAUUUUUUGCAGAAAACAAAUAAUUAUGCUGAAAUUUCAAUAAUAACAAAGCACUUUCUAUAUGAAGAUAAUUACCUAUUCUCAUAAUAGAAAUUCAAGAGGCUACGUUCGAAAAACAAAAUUCUGAAGGAUUUUAAUCAGUAAUGGUGAUAAUGUUUUGUUGUCGACACUCACAUGAUUGUGAGUAAACAUAUCAGAACUGCCAAUGCAGACCCAUGUAAUAGUAUAAAUGAAAAACAAAAAUUCAAAUGUAAUGUUCCCAUCAUUUAACAUGUUGACAGUGUAGUAUUUACAAUGUAGUGUCACUGGGAAACCAGGUCUAUCAUGUGAACCUGAAAAGUUUUUUGCCUUGUUCAUUACUAUUCAGUAAAAUGUAUGCCAAAUGUCAUAUAUAGAACUGUGCCACUGACAUUAGCUCAGUAGUAGAAACAGUAAUAUUUACAACUCCUGUAAGUAUGUUGUAAGAUUGUCUUUUAGAGUACUGAUUCAAAUUCCUCACCAAAGAUGUACUAAUCCACCUGUGUCAAGGUUGGUUAUAAGAUAGUUACUAUUAGAUAUGGAAAAAUAUAUUGAUAAUAAGUUAAAAGUGUGAAUUUUCCAUAUAAAAAAAAGUCAUUUGAUGUGGAUAUAGUAUUUAUUUAGCUGUGAUAAAAAUAUCAGUUCAGUUCUAAAAUUAAGAAUCACUGAUAAACUUAGUAAGCUUCUAUUAUCAGUAUUUAUUUCUUAGAAUGCUACUGAAUGUGGUAUUACAGGAUUUUUCCCUCUUAUAUUUUAAUGUACUGGUGCUGAAAAUUUUUGUGGUGUUUAUGGAAACAGCAUUUAUUUCUGUCUGUAAGACAAUAUGAUUAAUGCAAUAUUCUGAGUGAUUUGCUCAAUAGACAGUUACCCAUGCUGCAAAGUGUGAAUCCAGUGGUGCAUAAAUUUGUAGAGUCUAUGCUCAACUGUAAAAAUUAAGAUGCCUGGAAUAGUGUGGAUGUUAGCUAAUUGUAGAAACCUUUUUAUAGUGUGAAAUGUCUCGCAGAAUAUGAAAAAGCAUUCCAAUAAGAAGUUGUUAGAUACUUUGUGAUUUCAUUAUAAUUAUUUCUAAGAAUUUUUUAUCACUAUUCUAGAAACUGUUCAUCGCCAUUUGGUUUAGGUCUUUGACAAAUAUCUGUAUUAAAACUGCAUUUCAAAAUAUGAUGUUCCUCGAUGUAUGCUAACUAUAUUUGUUAAUUAUUUCUCUUUUAAUAUUUAAAUAGAAUCCAACAUCUUUAUGAAAAACUAGAGUAAUUUAAACACACAUUAAAUGAACUCAGUGUGUCUCUUACAGAAAUCAGUUUUUAUUCUGUGCCUCCCAAGUUCUCUCAUGAAAGUAAACCUAAAUUUGUGCUUCAUAAGUUUAUUAUCAGUCCACAUUUCUCCAGUUCUUUGUGUGCUAAACAACUCAAUCUAGGUGUUUUCUGGUUUUUACUUGGUAGCUUAGAACUGAAAUCUUUCAAUAACCUGUCAUACAAAUAAGAAAGAUUUAACUACUCCCCAUGAAUUAAUAUUCCUGCUUAAGUUUCAAUAAUUUUUCUGAUAAAAUUUUAUGUCCAAAGCAUUUCAUUUUGCAGGGUACUUUCUCAACAAGUCAUGAAAUUCAUUAAAAACAAUUUCAUGUGCUGAUAAGUGUACCUUGAUUUAAAUAUUCCUUGUCAUAAAAUUUUAUACUACAGUAUUAUAAUAUUUGUGACUAAUUAGCAUGUUCAGAUUAAAAUCAUGUAAGAACUCUUAUUAAAAGAGGUUAAUAAAAUUGUAACAUUUUUGCUGAGUUUAAUGUGUGAGAGGUUCAAAUAUAAAUGAGGGUUGUUAUGUAACUACAACAUAUUGCUUGUUGCUCUUCGAUUUGUCCCAAUAUCUACCUAAAAUGAGGAUAGUGAUACUCCAAAUAUUAGUUGGUGAACAUUAACUUGCAUUCUUCCCUCCCAUUCUCUCUUUUGGAUUGCAGUAUUAUGGAACUUCAAUACAUGAAUCAGUAAUUGAUCAACUAUAGCACAAAGAAAAUAUGAGGGACUGGAAGAGUGAUUCUGUAUUUGUUCUUUCAUCCCUUUCUCACAUCACCUCUGUAACAAAAUAUUUACGUUUUAAAAUGAGAAUCUGAAAUAGUUUUCAGCAUUUCAUAUGUAGGUGAAAAUAAUUUUUCAACAUUCAUAUUUCUAAACUGGGUAGGUAGCAAAGGCAGGUGACAAUAAAAGCCACAUACUAAAUCUACCUAUAUCUCCAUUUAUUUUAUGUGAGCAUUAACGUCACAUUUGUAGAAAUUUUCUGGCCAAAAAAUGGUCUUGCCCGACCAUACACAUUUGGUUGUGACAGAAAUCCAUGCCUAAAAAAAGUACUUAAGUAUUUUGAAAAUGACAAAAAGUGAUGUGCCCUUCAUGCAUGGACAAUGUGAUGAUGAAUGGCUUAAGAGGUAUGGGCGAUGUGAUAUGGCAUUCCUCAAAAUAUGACAUAUGUUGACUGAUGUGAAAAAAUUACAUGAAAUUCUCAUUUAUACUUGAGCCCCUUCAUCAUUUUUAAUUAUAAGAAUGUAGAUGCAUCAGUAAUUUUUAUUUUUAUGCUACAUUUUAGCACAUAUUUUAUUCCACUGAAACUUGCAAAGUUAUAUCCCAAAUUACCUCUCAACAAUUUUGUUGGCCACAAUAAUUCAGGCACAAACUAAGAAAAUAUGUGAAAUAUUUUUUUGAGGCUUACAAAAGUAGCACACUACAACACUUUCAUUCUCUAAAACAGAACAAAAGAUGUAUAACAUCUAGACUAUACACCAUUUACUAUGCUAAGAAUAUACCUAUCCCAGCCAACAAUCAGUUGACUGAAGUAAUGUGUAUUUAAAUGCAUGCCAUUAGUCGUUCAGACAUUAUCCACUGAUAACACUUUGUGAACAUUUACAAUGACCUGGAAUAAGCAAUCAACAAAAUUUAAAACCUCAACAAUGUGAGACUUGCCUCAAAUCAUUAUUUCUAAGUAACAAAUAAUGAUUUGUUCACAGACUUUAUAUGUCAGUCUAAAAUUGGAGAUAAUCUUUCUCUGUGUGCUCACAAUUAUAAAAUAAUAAUUAACAUAUUAAUAUCUGUAGACAUAUCAAGUUGAUAAAAUGUUUGCUAAAAUGUAACAGAGGGCAUUAUCAAAAUGAUCACUGCAGCAAAUAAAAUGUCACCCAUUUAGUUAGCAUUAUUUCUCAACCAAAAUGUUACACACAUUCAUUUAUGAGUUAGUUCAGUUUUUUUAAAAUUAUGUGAUUUUUAUACAUUUUUUCUUUAUGUUUGUAAAGAUGAGUGGAAUGCAUGAUCAAGUAUACUUAAUGUAUUUACAAUGACACUACAGUGUCUGAACGAAAUUACAUUCUAAAAUUUAGUGUAUUAACCAAAGAUUACUCCCUUUUUCAUAAUAAAUAAAAAUAUUGUUGUUGUUACAAUAAUUAUA